UCCAGGAAGUUAUGUCUGCAAUUCAUAUUCAUAAACUGGACGACGUGGUGGAAGAAGAUUUCUUUAACAAGGACAAAGCGCAUUAUAUAACCGCACCACCGAGUGGUGUCCUUAGUGUACAUAUGAAACAGCUUCGCAACAUAAAUGACCAAUUAAUCGGCACAGUAGAUCCAGAAUUAUACAUUCGUUUUCGUGCAGGAAAUUUCAUAAAAAUCACUGGCAAACACAUUCCUAUGGACGGUACAAUCGUCUUUGAUGAUACCAAGCACGUUUCUUUGACCAUUUCUAGGAAAAGAAGUGACGUAAAGAAUGACGUUCGUUUUGAUCUUGUCUUAGUAGAAAACUCGCGAGUGCAUCGCAUUGUUGGUCAUAAAGACAUUCACUUAUAUGACAUCAUCAAGAGUCUUUACCUGGCUAACACAUAUGAUAUCAGAUACAAAAAUCAGAUUGUUGCCAAACUUGAUUUGGAGCUUUGCUUUGCCUAUGGUAUAUUUGGAUUCGGAUUUUCUCACCAACUUGAGAACCGGCAGAAAAAAGUUAGCGAUAUUGUUAGCCAUUCGUUGUUUUUCCGGGUCGAGCCACCUGACCACCGAAAGCAAGUCAAAAGCAAUGUUAUUACUCCGAUGCCAGUGAGACAUCCUGAGAUUAUAAACUUCACCGAGAAGGCUAAUAUUGGAGGCUUUGAUCUUGAAAAUGAAUCAAACUUACCGGAUAUAAACAUGUUCGAUGAUGUUGAAAUUGUUGGUGAAUCUAGUUUGUUACACAGAAUUCUUAGAAGAAGGAUGAAUCGUCUGCAGUCUAAUUUCUCCCAGCUUCGUGGACGUCAACAACGCAAGAAUUUUCUCGAGAAACUUGUACUCAGUCACAUUGAUGACCACCAAACAGUCGAGGGUCAAGGAACUAUACCGGAUAAAACACUAGUCGGAGGACAGCGGGGAGGGGCAACAAGCCCAGGAGACAUAGUACAAGCUCCUCAAAAUCUAAGCUCGAGUGAAGAGGAGGACGAGAGUGUUGACACGCUAGCUCCUAUGCUUAUUUUAGCACCCGGACUGACUUCACGUGGUAGGGGAUUAGCGGAGUUACCGACAGUUUCAGAGGACGAGGGUUCUAUUUCAUCGGACAGCGCAAGUAAUAGUAAGCGAACAGAUGCAACAACUAGUAAAGUUCCACAAGACAAUCAACUAGAGGCACCAUACCAAACAACUACUACAUCAACUACACUCGCUCGCGGCAUUGCACGGCUUAUUGGGCUACGCCCGUGGAGAAGGUCCGCCACGGAUAACAACUCAUAAAGUCAUUCUGAACUAAAACUCCGACAGAAAUGUUAAUGCGUAUACUUUAUGUGUUUACAAAUAGUUUAUCGUGUUCGCGACGUUGAGUUUGACUGGGUAUUUAAAAAAUAAUUAUAGACUAAAGUUUCAGAUACUAUGAUACAUACCGUAGUUUGAUCAUAUUAAUAGGAUAAUAGUUAAUAGCAUAACCUAUCCAAUAGAACUUUAUUGUAGUUAAUAAGAAAUUACGUAGGCCUAUAACCCGCACUUUUUUGUAUCUUGUUUAUUGCGUGCAUGUAUGGCCUCGUUAAUUGCCGAAAUUUAUUUCAUUGUUGUGACAUAACUAUUUCUAAUUGUCAACUGAUCCUGGUUAGUUUCCAUAACAAUGCAAAACAUUCUGUUUACUUGUUCCUGUCUGACAGUAUACUUGAAUUGUCAAUAACAAUGUCAAAUAUAAAAUGUUUUAGUAUAUGGUUUAUUCCUUCAUGAAAAGAUAAAAUGACAACCCGUCAUCACUUUAUUA